AUGGCUGCCGAUGAUAAGUUAAAUUAUAUGGAUGAAGAGUUUGCGAACUACGCCGAAUCAGUCAGUUGUCUGAAUUUAUUGAGCUUUCCAUAUGCGGAUCGGUGCGAGUUCGUAAAGAAAACGCCGGAAUGUGUGGAAGAGAUGCGUCUUCUUACCUACACUAUGAUAUUGUCCUGCGAAAUUGGUGUGAAAAACAAGUUUGAGGAAUGCGUAUUUAUAUCGGUUUGUGUGGCAUUAUGUUUCGAGUUCCUUCUGAUGCUGGCUUAUAUAGCAGAUGUGUAUUACAGCCCAGCGCUCCGAACAAUCUCCAGACAUUUGCACAUGAACGAACAUUUGGCGGGAGUUACAAUUUUGGCGUUUGGCAACACUUCGCCGGAUGUGUUUGCAAAUUUGGCGGAGCUGAAGGGUACGAGAGCAGUUUUUGCAAACAGCAUGGCAAGCUCCUUAUUUGUCACAAUGUUGACCGGCGGGGUCGUGUGCUUCCUCAGUCCAUUCCGUAUGAAUGCUCAUUCCACAGUGCGAGACAUUUUGUUCAUCAUGAUGGGUGUGCUCCUGAUGGAGUUUUUGCUAGUAGACGAUGAUGAAGCCGAUAUAUCAGAGUGCAUUGCGAUGAUCAUGCUAUAUGUACUUUAUAUUGGUGUCAAUAUGAUCGACUUGUACUUGAUGAGGCGUUCCAUUAAGACCAUACAAAUAGAAAUGGAAGAGUUGAUGUAUGAACCGGAAACCGUUGAAACGCAGAUGAAGUGGAAGCGAUAUCAACGCAAUUUAAGCGAGAUGCUCAAUGAUGUUGAUGUUAAAGAAACCAUUGAUCCUGAACUUACGCGCAAUGCUCAUUACGAUCCGAAUAAUUCAAAAAAUGACAACCUUUUCCGAGAUGCAUGGCACGUAUUAAAGCCCUUUAAAAUGAAGGAGUGGCAUGAAAGUAGUACAGUGUGGCGCUCAAUUCUGUUGGCAAAAGCUCCAGUGGUCGUGUUGUGCGGCUUACUGAUUCCACUCACGAAUAAAGAACACGAUAAACAUGGCUGGUGUAAGCUUCUUAACUGCAUUCAAGUGGUUAUCACGCCAUCUUUGAUCGUUAUGGUGGGCAUGGGAUACAUUGAUCGUUCGUGCUCUGUUUGGCAUUUGGAACUGCAGUUUGCGUAUACUCCAUAUCUGAUCCCUCUUUUUCCGUUGGCUGCUCUUGUCUUUUGGCACUCACGUACUGAUACUCCGCCUUCCUACCACUGGAUAUUCAGUUACAUAAGCGUGGCUGGUUCGAUGUUUCUGCUAUAUGUUUGCGCCACCGAAAUCGACAAAAUAUUCGAUUUGAUUGGAACAGUGUUGGAUAUAUCCGAGCAUUUCAUGAAUGCCACCGUGUGCUGUGCAUGUAACUGCCUCGGUGAUCUGGUUACGAAUGCUGUGCUGGCCAUGCAAGGAUACGAGAAAAUGGCCUAUGCUGCUUCUAUGGGUGGUCCAUUCUUUAAUAUUCUCAUUGUUACUGGUGCUACUUUUAUAUCACGAAUUUAUCUUGGUCUGGAAAAUAAGUGGGAAUCGCAGCUUGGCGAAUAUGGCCUCAACUGCCUGGUAUUUCUCAUAUUGGGGCUGUUCACAACUCUGAUCUGGACCUCUGUCCUUAAUUUUAGGGCCAGACGCUCAAUGGGAAUUUUUAAUAUGUGCAUCUACUUUCUUUUUCUCUUAUUCAGUACUUUGGCAGAGAAUGGUAUUAUACACAGCUAUCGAAAAGAUCAUUUUAUCAGCAUCCAAUAA